AUGUUGACGGCCGGGAGUGUACGUCUGGUCGGCUCCGUGUCUGAGCUGAGGAUUGUUCUGUUGGGGAACAACUGGUUCACUGCCAGACCUCUAGUGGAGACCAUCUUUGAGAGGGGCAUGGCCACCUGCUUGGCCUACGGACAGACAGGAAGCGGAAAAACACAUACUAUGGGUGGAGAUUUCUCUGGAAAGAACCAAGACUGCUGGAAAGGAAUUUAUGCAUUAGCGGCUCAGGAUGUAUUUGUCAUUUUGAAGAAACCCAAUUACAAGAAUUUAGAUCUACAAGUGUAUGCAGCCUUCUUUCAAAUCUACAAUGAAAAGGUGUUUGACCUCCUGAAUCGUAAAUCCAAGCUGAGGGUGCUGGAGGAUGGGAAGCAGCAGAUGCAGGAUGUGGGGCUUCAAGAGAAGGAGGUCAAGUGCACAGAAGAUGUCCUGAAACUCAUUGAAGUGGGCAACAGCUGCAGAACAUCAGGGCAGACGUGUGCCAACGCUCACUCAUCCCGCAGCCACGUGGUGUUCCAGAGCAUUCUUCGGAGGAAGGGAAAGAUGCAUGGGAAGUUCUCCGUCAUCGACCUUGCAGGAAAUGAGUGGGGGGCCGAUACGUCGACUGCCGACCGCCAGACUCGUCUGGAAGGAGCUGAGAUCAACAAAAGCCUGUUGGCCCUGAAGGAGUGUAUCAGAGCUCUUGGUCGUAACAAACCACACGCUCCAUUCAGAGCCAGUAAGCUCACCCAGGUCCUGAGAGACUCCUUCAUUGGGGAAAAUUCACGCACAUGCAUGAUUGCAACGAUCUCUCCUGGCAUGACGUCCUGUGCGAGCACAGUCAACACUCUACGCUUUGCCAACAGAGUGAAGGAGUUUGGGAUUAGUCCCUCAGACAUCCCCUUCUCCCAGGGCGGUCAGGGGAGUCGCCCUGAGCACUCGCAUACCAAUACCUUUGAGUUUGAUGACUUUGCUGCUACCUCUCCCAGCAGGUGGAGCACUCCACCAAAACACACACACACACACACACACACACACACACAGACACGUUAACUAUUUAUCGCUUAAUAUUUUUGUAACUUAAGGAGACAUUUUGCUCAAUUUUAAACCGACGUUAUUCGUUUUAAUCUGAAGAACAGAUUCAGAACCAGCAUUUAUUUUUCUUAAUCUGAGCAGUUUUUCAUCAACACCCGUUUUUCUUGGCUAAGGCCUGAGAACCAUCAUUUUUAAAU